UGUCUCCCGAUCUGUUUACUCCUCGCGCUCGGCUCCCCAGCGGCGGCUGAGUGGGUGGCGGCGGCGGCGGCUGCAGCAGCUGAGCCGGCGGCGCCGAUCGGCAGCUGGGUCACCCCUCCCUUCCCCGCAACAUCUGCCGCCUUCGCCGUUCCGACGCAGCCGCGCAGCCCGCAGAGAGAGCGAGAGAGCGAGAGGUGCCUGGGGAGAGCCAUGAAGACGGAGAUCUCCACGGCCGCGGGCUUCAUCACCCGCCUCCUCAGGACGCCCGGCGGCAUCGGCGACGAGGAGCUGCGUUGCUUCAGCGAGUCCCUCCAGGAGGCACUCCGAGACCAUUAUAAGCACCACUGGUUCCCCCUGAUGCCCUCCAAAGGCUCUGGGUACCGCUGCAUUAGGAUCAAUCACAAGAUGGACCCCUUGAUAGGCAAGGCAGCAGGCAUGAUUGGACUCAGCCACGAGAGACUCUUCCAGCUCCUGCCCAGCGAACUAACUCUCUGGGUAGACCCGUUUGAGGUGUCCUAUCGUAUAGGAGAAGAUGGGUCUAUCUGCGUCCUCUAUGAAGGCCCUGAGCCAGCCAUGAAGAAUGCCAAAGCUCUGGAGAGCAGAAGCAGCUGUAAAGAGGAGUGGAGAAUUGGCAGAGCCAGCCCUUCCAAGAACUACAACAUGAUGACAGUUUCCAGUUAAAAAAAAAUAACAUUCCCUGUACAAUGAUGUAUGUAUGUAUCCCACUUUGAUAAUGAAGUUAGAUGAUGUAAUUGAUAUGUUGAUUUUCACCCCAUAGUCAUUAAAGUUGUAGUAGUACUGCCAAACUCUUUGUUUUGUGGCCAAGGGCUAAUGUAUAAAAACAGUUCUUUUACAUGUUUUCUGGAUUGUAUACUGUAAAUGAAAUUGUACAGUCAAUGCAAUUGUUUUACAGAUUUAUAUUUUGGAAAAAAAUCCUUGGCUAUUUGUAAUAAAAAUGAAAUUAAUUUCA